UCUUUUAAAUUUUUACAGAAGAUGAAAAGAUCAUUUUCUGAAGAUACAAAUCCGGACUAUGAUGUACUACGUGGAUCUACUUCACAAUUAGAUUCGACUCCACCAAUUAGUAAACGUUUAAUUUCCGCUGCGUCUGAGCCUAUAUCAUUCGUUCGAAUCUCAUCCUUGGAAGAACUUGAUAAGAAAGCAUUGCAGCUUCAAAAUAAAAAGCUAUGGGAAGCUUUGAUGGAACGUCGAGCUGCUAUUGCUGAGUUGAAGGAACGUAUUGAACACUUGGAAAAUCGCCAAACUAAAGAUGAUGCACUACUUUGUGUUGUCAAUCGUUACUGGAAUCAGCUAGAUGAAGAUAGUUUGAUCAUACUCCAACGUUUUGAUUCGGAUGCUGAGGAAGAAAUUUCAACAUCUACAGAAUCAUUUCUUAAACAACUGGCUUCAUGGGACAAAGAAGAAGUUCCAGAAAAGCUUCAAGAACGAGUGCAUUUUUCCAAGCGUAUCAUUGCUCGCCUCUUAUCUGCCUAUGAAAAAAUGGUCACCCAUCAAUUUCGUUUGCGUCAAUUACUUGGAAACACUGCGGAUGUCUCAUCAGCUCCUACUGGAUCUGAAAAUAGUGAUCAAGUUUUACCUAAGCACUCCGAUUCAUCAGCUCCUUAUGACACGCAGAAUCCUAAUUCUGAAGCUAACAACAAUUCAACUGGUUCAUCCCAGGAAUCUGCUCCAACAACUUGCACUAAAGCUAGUGGAGUAGAUUUGCAUGAAGAAAUAACACUUUUAAACAAGGAAAAUCUUCGUCUUCAGACCCUUUGUACUAAUUUACAUUCCAAACAUAGACAGAGCAGUCUUUGCCUUCGUGAAUUGCAAGACUUAGCUCAGACUAACAGUGAUGCUUCGGCAGAAUGGCAAGCUAAAUAUGAGGAUUUAGACUAUAAACUUACGGAAGCGAUGAAACAAGUUACACGUUUGGAUCAUCGUCUGUAUGAAGCUCAGGAAAAGAAUAAGAAAAUGGAAGUUGAAUUAUCAGCUCUUAAAUGCUCAGAUUCUCCAGGUCGUGAAGAUCCUUCAGGUGUUGAUGGGUCAGUUACACGAAAUAAAUAUAAUGACUUGGCUUGUGAACUGGAAGAGUACCGGGAGUUGGCAAAUAAUCGUGUAAAUGAGUUAGAGCGCCUUCAACGUCACUUGGAAGACAAAGUUGCAGAGUGUGCCUCACUGAAUAUGCAAUUGCGAGAUAUUCCCGAGCAUAUUAUUACAGAAUCUCCUCAAUAUCUAUCCUUAAAAACUCAAUUCAAUAUUCUCUAUAAUGAAGCUAUUCAGCUAAGAAGUCAGCUCGAAGAAGCUAGAAGUACCAUUCAGAAUAACAGACACAGUCAUCUAAAACAAAUAGAAGAGAUGGAGGCAAAUGAAGCAGCUAUACAGAAUCAGAUGCGAUCUGAAAUGCUUCUUAUUGAAGGACAAUACUCUCAACUAAGACACAAAUAUGAAACCAUGGAAUUAGAUUUUAAACAAGCAUUGACACAUAAUGAACAGGCUGGUCCUAUCAGUUGCGAAAUGCGUAGUCUAAUUUCUACACUGCAAACACAAAACAAACAAUUGAAAGCUGAAGUGGCCCGUUAUCGUAGAAAAUGCGAGGAAACUGUACAAGAACGUGAAAUGAUACGUGCUGAUUUGAAAUGUACAGAGGAUGAGUUGGUUCAUGUUCGUACGGCACUAUCAGAGGCAACUGCAGCAGUUAUUGCUGCAUGUGAAAAAUCAGAUCGAUCCACUCCAUCCACUCCACAAAGCUCAAUUAUACCUCAGACUUCAACAGUAACAGUGUCAGAUGUUGGAUCACCAAUUGUUGAUUCAGAAUUAAAAUCAAAAAAUUCAACUCCCAUGAAAGUAGAAGAAAGUGUUAAGUAUAGUUCUCCAAGUUCAUCUACUGCUCGAUCUAGCACAAUUACCACAUUAGCAAGCCCUCAAGUUAAUGGUAGUGUUCCUGAAAAAGUUGUAAAAACGGAAUCUACUCCCGAUUCUCGUUGUAAUGCUUCAUGUUCUUCACCGUCCAAUGAACUUAUUCGUGAUUUAAAGGAACAACUAAAGCGUUCACAAGAAUCACAAAAAGAAAUGUCUGUACUACUCAAUAUGUAUAAAGUUAUUCCAAAAGAUCAAAGAGAUAAGGCAGCACUUCUUCAAUGUGAAGCAAAGCUUCGAGGUGAACUUACUGAUGCUAAAAAUGAGAUCGAUAAACUAAAUGCAACUAUCAGAGACCUUCAAUCGCAACAAACAAAGAUGCAACAGCAGCGGAAAUCAGCAUUAACAUCUCCUAUCGAACUCAAUUUAAAAAUGUCACCUGCUGAACGCUCUCUCACUACUCAUGGAAGUAUUCCACAAUCUCCUUCGAAAUCGUGUAAGAUUGGAUUGGUUUCUCCUGACGAGAAAGCAUCCAGUGUAUCUGGAUAUCCGCCGAUCACUUCUUGUGGGAAAUCUAAAAUUUCUGCUUCUGAUUGGCAAAUAUCAGAGUUACAAAUGGAACUAUACAUAGUUAGACGUAAAAGUCAGUCUAUUGAAGAGCAGUUAAAACUUCACCAACAACGUCUUGUAGCAGCCAAACAACAAGAGGAUGUACUAUUAAAGGAAAUGGAAAUUACUGUCCAAGCGUUUGAAGAUGCACAAGAACAAAAUGUUCGCCUUGUUAAAACAUUACGAGAAAAAGAUGAUGCACAUUUAAAGUUAAUGGCAGAACGAAUGAAAACUGCUCAAUUGGCGCGUUUAUUGAAAGAAGACAAACAACUUUUAGAAGAACAAAUACGUUUGAUGCAAGCAAAGAUUGAAGCAUUAAAUCGUGCAGUUCUAAAGCAGGAAGAGAAAGAACGUUUAUUAUUAACGAAUUUAGCAACUUUAGAAAAAGAGGCAUCAGCUAGACAAAAGUCACAAGAAGCCUAUAAACGAAAAGCUCUGGAAAGUCAACAAGUCUCUGAAGAUUUAAGAGUUACUGUUCAAAAGUAUCAAAGUCAACUAAAAGAUGCCCAAACUACUGUUCAAGAGAAAGCCUCCGCUUUUGAACGCGUUUCUUUUAGUCAUCAACGUUUACAAGAAGAACUUGUUACUGUGCGUAGAAAAUAUGAACGAUUACGCAAGAUUGAACAGUCGCAUAAUGCUGAUGAGUUUUUACUGGCUGAAAUUCAAGAUUAUAAGGAACAACUUACAUGUCCAACAUGUAAAGUUAACAGAAAAGAUGCUAUUCUAACUAAGUGUUUUCAUGUGUUCUGUUUGAAUUGUUUAAAAGUUCGAUAUGAAACACGUAAUCGUAAAUGUCCAAAGUGCAAUGCAACAUUUGGUGCCAACGAUUAUCAUCGUAUAUAUCUUACUUGAUCUCUUCAAAUUAACAGAUUUAUUUUUCUGUGCUUUUCUAAUAAAAAUCUCUUCUAUUCAUUUCUUCUAGUAAAUGUAUAUAAUAUUGACUAUGCAAAUCUUUCAGUAUAUUUUGUAAAUAAUUUCCAAUUCGAUGAUUAAUA